GGCGUUCAUUUUUAUUAAAUUUACAAAAACAUACAACAUCUGUGAAGUAGGCUAACUUGAAGACGACAUACUGUACCAAAACCAUAACUUCACCAGAGCAUAGUUUUUACUAUGGUAACCAGCGCAAACUCAGCCACUAUAGCUGUCAUGUGCAGAUCCCCACAUGGGUGUACACACGGUUGGUGGAUCUUUCUUGUGCAGUUAUGGAUUACGAGGCACAUUUUGUGUAACCGACGCUUAACGAGAAGCCUUGUGGAGAUGACUCAUCUACAACAUGCCUCGUGAAAUGUUUGUUCUCGUGUAGUUGACCGAAAGGAAACAAAGGUAAGCCAUUGUUUUCAGUUGAGCAUGAUUUACAUUUUAAUGUUUUAGCAUAUAGGGAAUUGAAGCAACUAUUUUAGAGGCUUUUUUCUAAAUACAACGUUCUAGAUUUGUUUUCAUUUCCCCCUUCACAUUCUCUUAGCGCUGACUUCGCUGACAGUACACAAAUUAUGCGGGAAUUAUGCGAGAUGUCCGUUUGUCGGUCGGCGAGACACGCGUUUUGGUAAACGUUUUAAUUUUACCACGGGCCCGGACUUCGCUAUACUGACUUAAUCCAUUAAUUUGUCAAAAAUAAUUUCGUGGAGCUAGCCUAUAUGAAAUAGCCUAAUAUGUUAUUUUGGAGUAUAUUCAUGUUAAGCAUACAAUGUUGAGUAACUAUUAUUAUCCUACUUAUUAACCGUUUCAAAGGAAACGAAACAGUGCAGUGAUAAAUUCAUUAGCAGUAAAGCUAACCUCAAGCCGCAUGGAUAAAGAUGAAUAUAUAACUUCGGAAUUAAGAGGGUAGCGCAAAAGAUAAAAACCACUAACAGGCUUUGCGAAUGUGACUAGGAUCAAAUCAAUCAUGCAUUUGACUACCAGACAAAUUCGUUUUAAAAACGAACAAUGCAUUCAUACAUGUGACAAAUAAUUGAUUCCACUCAGUAUUCAUAUGGGAUUUUAGCUUGACACCUUUGAAGACAAAUGCAUUUUACAAAGUAUGAGAUAAGAAAACGUUAGACUGGAACAAAGGGAAAAAAAUAAAAACUUCAGUUGGUGCCACCUAGGGGCAUCACUAGAAAUGAAUGGAUAGGUGGGGCUAAGCCUCGUUUUGGGGGGUGUGUGUGUGUCAGGGCCUGGGCGGAACCCAAAAGCAGACACGUAGUGACAGUGAAGGGUGAUUAAAUCGACAGCAAGAUGUAGGUGAGUAUGGAUGGAGUGCUGGCAGGGAGGAUGGCGUGCAGACGGUUGCAGGUGUCCAGGUAGACAGGAAGAUGAAUGCAGAUUAGGGCGUGGUAGCUGAUCUGGUCCUGGAGGCAGAAUCCAGGUAAUCCUGUGACGGAACGGAAAACAGGUUGGAACAAAGCAUAUAACGAACAGAUUUCAAGCCUGGAAAUGAGUCUCUCCAGUCGUGGGAAUGAGGGGGUCCCUGCAGAGCAGAAAAACCGACCCGAGUCUCCAGGACCCAGCUGUCUGUGUAUGAAGUCUGACAAGUCAAUGGGUCUCCCUGUCACCUUUGGAAAUGAAGAAAGGAUGUCCCCUGACCAGAGAGAAGAGAGAUCAGAUUCUCCAGGACCCAGCUGUUUGUCUAUGAAGACUGACAAGUCAAUGGGUCUCCCUGUCACCUUUAGAAGUGGCAAGAGAAUGAUCUCUGACCAGAGGGAACCAGAGGAGGAGUCCAGGUGUUCAGUAUGUGAGGAGGUGCUGAGGGCCCCGGUCUCCAUCCCUUGUGGACACAGUUACUGCAAACAGUGCAUCACCAAAAGCAGGGAGCACCUGGUUUCUUCAGGAGAGUUUGGCUGUCCUCAGUGUACAAAGAGAUUCAGGCAUCUGGAGAAUGAAUAUGGAGAGGAUGUGAUCCAAAUGGUGAAAAAUAAACAUAAAGCUACCCUAAAGAAAACCUGUGAUAACAUCUAUGAAGGUAUCUCAAAGUCUGACAGUCUACAACUAAACCAAAUAUAUACUGAGCUCUACAUCACAGAGGGAGAGAGUGAAGGUGUUGAUACUGAACAUGAGGUUUGGCAAAUUGAGAAUGCAUCCAAGACACACACAUCCCAAGACAAUGCAAUCAACUACAAGGACAUUUUUAAACCCUUACCUAAACAAAGAAAAUCCAUCAGAACAGUGCUAAUGAAAGGCAUUGCUGGAAUUGGGAAAACCGUCUCUGUGCAGAAGUUCAUCCUUGACUGGGCAGAAAAAAAAACUAAUCAGGAAAUUGAUUUCCUCUUAGUACUUCCUUUCAAAACACUGAAUUUGAUUCAAGAUCAUCACAGUCUUUAUGGCCUCCUGAAUAUCUUCCACCCUCAUCUGUCAGAGUUGUCUGGAAAUUACAUCUCUAACUGUAAAGUGAUGUUUAUCCUUGAUGGUCUGGAUGAAAGUCGGUUACCAUUAGAUUUCCAUUCAAAUAAAAAGUUGUCUGACAUAAAAGAGGAAUCAUCAGUGGAUGUAUUGGUGGCAAACCUCAUCAAGCGUAACCUGCUUCCCUCUGCUCUCCUCUGGAUAACCUCCCGACCAGCAGCAGCCAAUCAGAUUCCUCCUGAGUGUAUUGACAGAGUGAUAGAAACACAGGGGUUUAAUGACCCACAGAAGGAGGAGUACUUCAAGAAGAGAUUCAGUGAUAAAAACAUGGCAAAAAGAAUCAUCACACACAUGAAGUCAUCAAGAAGCCUCCACAUCUUGUGUCACAUCCCAGUCUUCUGCUGGAUCUCUGCAACAGUGCUUGAGCAAGCAAUAAAGGAAAAUGAAAGUGUGAAAGUCCCUCAGACUUUGACUGAAAUUAUUACACACUUUUUGCUCAUUCUGACAAACCAAAAGAACCAGAAAUACUCAGAAAAAGAUUGGACAGACCCACAAAAUCUUUUGAAAUCAGACCGAGAAUUUCUUUUGAAACUUGGAAAAUUGGCAUUUGAAAAUCUACAAAUAGGCAAUCUCAUGUUUUAUGAAGAAGAUUUGAGACAUUGUGGCAUUAAUGUCACAGAAGCCUCUGUAUACUCUGGGAUUUGCACAGAAAUCCUGAAAGUCGAGUCUGUGCUUCAUCAGAAGAAAGUGUACUGCUUUGUGCAUCUGCUCAUUCAGGAGUUCUUUGCUGCUCUCUACGCAUUCCAGUCCUACACAGUCAAGAACAUGGAAGCACUACGGUAUGUUCUUGAGGAAGGGUCUAAAUCAUCUAGAAGUUUUCCUAGGGCAUCCACAACAUCUCUUGGAGAUAUGUCCCUGCAUGAGUUUUUGAAGAGGGCAGUGGACAAAGCCUUCGAGAACAAGAAUGGACAUCUGGACCUUUUCAUCCGCUUCCUCCUGGGAAUCUCUCUGGAAUCCAAUCAGAGACUCCUGAGUGGUCUGUUGACACAGACAGAGAGCAGCGCCGAGAUCUCAAAGAAAGUACUGACCUAUCUGAAAGCAAUCAAGAGGCAAAACCUCUCUCCUGAGAGGUGCCUAAACCUGUUUCACUGUAUGAUUGAAAUGAGAGACAAUUCGGUGCAUAAAGACAUUGAAGAGUACCUGAAGUCAAAGGAAGAAGCAGUAACUAAACUUAGUCCUGCACACUGCUCAGUGCUGGCUUACAUGCUUCUGAUGUCUGAAGAGGUGCUGGAAGAGUUUGAUCUGAAGAAGUAUAACACAUCAAUGGCAGGAUGGGCAAGACUACUCCCGGUUGUGAGGUGCUGCAGAAAAGCCCUACUUUCGGACAGUAAACUCACAGAAAGCUCCUGUGAAACUCUGGCCUUCGCACUCCAGAUGCCCAACUCACCUGUGAGAGAGCUGGAUCUGAGUAACAACGACUUGAAGGAUUCAGGAGUGAAGCUGCUCUCUGCUGGACUGGGGAGUCCUCACUGUAAACUGGAGAUCCUGAGGCUGUCAGGCUGUCAGGUCACAGAGGAAGGCUGUUCUUCUCUGGCGUCAGCCCUGAAGUCAAACCACUCCCACCUGAUAGAGCUAGAUCUGAGGGACAAUAGUCCUGGAGGGUUAGGUCUGGAGCAGCUCUCUGCUGGAGAGAAGGAUCCAAACUGGAGACUGGAGAGACUGUUGAUAUAGCUAAUAUGAAACAUUGGCAAGCAGACCUAAAUAUACUUUCAUUUAUCAGUAUAAAUCAUCUGUAUUUUUAAAUCUUAUGAAAGAUGUUUUUACUGAAUUGUGCUGAGCUGAAUUCUGUCAUCUGGAGAUAACAUUUACAUACCAUGUUGCUGUAUAUAAAUGUAUGUGUAUGUAGCCAGUGUCACGUUUUGGGCGCAGGGAGACUGACAACACUUCUUGCCUGGGGUUACAUAAGCAGCCUUUAGCGAUGUCAGGAAGAGAAAGCUGUUCCAGUCUGUAGCACCAGGUAGGUGCAGUCUUGUUCCCAGUGAUGUAGUGGGGGAAUAUGCAGGUACAGGGUGUGGAGAAAAUAACGGAAACCCACGGAAAAGGACUGUUACUUUUUAAUUUUAAAGUAGCUAAAUCACAAUUACAAACGUCACUGCAGAGAUCACAUACGCUUGAUAAGAGGUUAUCAGAACAGCUAUAAGAGGUCUGACAGUACAUAUGUGUCAGCUAUAAGAGGUCUGACAGUUCAUAUGUCCGCUAUAAGAGGUCUGACAGUUCAUAUGUCAGCCAUAAGAGGUCUGACAGUUCAUAUGUGUCAGCUAUAAGAGGUCUGACAAUUAGCACUUUAAUAUUUGGAUUAAAGUAACCCGCAGAGUUCCAGGGAGGCCAAAUAGUUGGUUCCUGAAUUGCAGAUGCAUCAGUCACAAAAAACUGCUAAAAUAUUAAAUGUGUCAAGGGGAACAGUCUCAGAAAUCACGUCAGCAUUUACCAAACAUGGAGAAACCGCAUCGGCAAAGAGGAAGAAGUCAAAGCCGACCCUGAGUGAUAGACGGACCCCACAGAACAGAAUCAGCAACUCUGUGACCCACUAUCAAAAACUGUAUAUUGUGAGCUUCACAAAGCUGGUAGCGUAGUAUAGAAAGAAAAUGAAUAUUGCUUGGUAGGCGCUGAGAAAAUGAAUAUUGCUUGGUAGGCCCUUAGAAAAUGAAUAUUGCUUGGUAGGCCCUUAGAAAAUGUAUAUUGCUUGGUAGGUGCUGAGAAAAUGAAUAUUGCUUGGUAGGCGCUGAGAAAAUGAAUAUUGCUUGGUAGGCGCUGAGAAAAUGAAUAUUGCUUGGUAGGUGCUGAGAAAAUGAAUAUUGCUUGGUAGGCGCUGAGAAAAUGAAUAUUGCUUGGUAGGUGCUGAGAAAAUGAAUAUUGCUUGGUAGGUGCUGAGAAAAUGAAUAUUGCUUGGUAGGUGCUGAGAAAAUGAAUAUUGCUUGGUAGGUGCUGAGAAGUUGGGUGAGAGAAAGAGAGAGUGAGUCAAAGACCUGGAGGGGCUGUGCAGUGAGUCAAUGGAAAAAGACACUGUAGAACAUUACAUUGAGUGACAUAGGGACAAUCAUUACAACAGAAUAGCAUUUCAUUCUAAAUCAAAACACAUUUGGUUUCUUUUCAUUGUGUUUUGAAUGGAUUACAUUAAUUGGUAACGCUUUAUUAGACUAAUAUAACAUUUCGGUUGCUGAAACAAAAACCUGAAAUUCGCUUUAACAGAGGGGGUCUACAAAUAGGAAAAGGUGCUGAACUUAGCAGUUAGUUUUAGUGUAUCUCUGCUAUUACUGUGCAGUUUCCGUGUGUCUUCAUUCUGUGUUGUCUCUUUAUUUAAUCCCAGUAACCAUUCCCUACAGCAGAACUUUUGCCUCUGGCCAUGCUAUAAUUAUAAAUAAACUUUACAAUUAUAAAGUACCUAAUAAAACACAUACACAGAAUGUAUUUACUAUAUAAUAAAGCUGACAUUUUUGUAAAGUUUUGUAAAGUUUUGUAAGCCGACAUUAAUGCAGCUGGUAUGGUGGUAAGAAACGUUCAACGAGAGCCGUCGGGUGGUAUGUUGUCUUGAUGCGCGGAGGGUGUGCCUCAGCCCACGGUUUGUGACGUCCCUGGUCAGUUCAUUAACAUUGCUGUGGUCUACAUUAUACUCCCAAGAAGGCUUUGUAAAAUGUAAUGGUGUUUUGGUUGUAAGAUAUAGCAAUAAAGAUUAAAUAAACAAAAUAAAUGUUUGCAUGUCUUUAUCAGGAUGCCCGGCCGACUCAAGUCAUUAUUAGUUUACACAGGAAAACGUGUGGCGAUUUAUGCAUUUAUCACAUGACUAUUAAAUAAGUUGGCAAUGGUAAAUCACUCUACAGUUGUUUAGUUUAAAAAAUGGCAACAAACAGUUUUUAAAAUGCCUUGUGAUUUGGAAUGAAACAGGGCAGAUGAUACACAUUUUGGGGCUGCAAAGUGGCCCAUUGGUUAGGAAAUCUGACCAGUGGACUAUGUUGUUCUGACCCAGAGGAAGUUGACUACAAUACUCCUGUAACAGCCCCCUGUGACCUCAAUACUCCUGUAACAGCCCCCUGUGACUACAAUACUCCUGUAACUGCCCCCUGUGACUACAAUACUCCUGUAACAGCCCCCUGUGACUACAAUACUCCUGUAACAGCCCCCUGUGACUACAAUACUCCUGUAACAGCCCCCUGUGACUACAAUACUCCUGUAAUAGCCCCCUGUGACUACAAUACUCCUGUAACAGCCCCCUGUGACUACAAUACUCCUGCAACUGCCCCCUGUGACUACAAUACUCCUGUAAUAGCCCCGUGUGACAACAGUACUCCUGUAAUAGCCCCGUGACUACAAUACUCCUGUAACUGCCCCCUCUGACUACAAUACUCCUGUAACUGCCCCCUCUGAUUACAAUACUUGUUUUAUGUAUUAUUAUAAUACAAAUCUGCAACCAUUUUCUACUUAUGAAUAAAAACG